AUGAACGAGAAGUUUGAUCCGUGUUUUCAGGAGGCUGGUAUUAGUUAGCCCAACAAAUUCUUUAAAGAGAAUAAGAUUCUUAUACGUCCAAGUGUUAUCAGUGAAUUUUUUAACUAUUUUGAAGACCUUGAAGAAGAUAAGCAGAUUAGUAGUUUAGACGCGCUUUUAGAGAUAAUACCACAAAUUUCCCAAAAUGCAACAAUGCUAGUUUCAAAAAGCAUAAGUAAAUAAAAUGCAAAGGCCCACGAUUUAAUUGAUGUAUUGAUUUAACUCGCAAUAAAGUUGGCAGGUAGAAAGAACUAAAAGGUUAUUGAAAAAUUGAUUAGCUUGAUAGUUAUAUUAGCAAAGGAAAACAAUCUUCGAAAAUCUAAUUUGUAAUCUGUAUAUUCAAUUCUAUCAAAUAAUUUUUAUGAUCAAAAUCUAGACUAUAGUCAAUUAUGCACUGCUGUUGAAAUUUUGCAAAAAGUAUUUAAGAUACAAAGACCCAGAGGUUAUUCUUCAACUACUCCUAUUUCUUCACCUAUUUUAGCUUCUUCUCAUAUUUAGUAGCAGUAAAAGUUAGUUGUUAACUAAAUAGAAGCAGAUGAUAAAGAAGUGAGGUCUAAUCCUUACAGUUAUUUCUACUUUCAAGGAAAAGACUCAAACAUAUCAAUUGUAUAAGGAAAUGCUAAUCCUGUUUGGAAAUUUGAAAAUGGAAUAUGCCUAUGCUUUUGGUUUUAUUUAGACAAAUUGAAAUAUUCUAUUGAAGAUUCAUGCAUUGUACCUCAAUAAAAAUUAUUCACAAUACAUACAUCAGUUGAUGGCAAGGGUGGUGGUAUAGAGGCUUAUUUUGUUAACAAUUAGUUAUUUUAUAGAAUAUUGCCUGAAUAGUAUUUAGAACCCACUCCUAAAUCAAACGGAGUUUUAGUUGAUUAGUUUUAGCCCGGAGAGUGGCACUUUAUAGGAAUAGACCAUGAGGUCCCAAAGUUAUUUGGCAAAUCAGGAUCAAUUAAAGUCGUAGUUAACAAUAAGAAACCAAUUAGUUUUAAUAUGGAUUAUCCUAAAAUUCCUUCCUCAAGCUAGAUAAAAAAGUUCUGUUUUGGCGAGCAUUUAAUAGGUAAAAUAAGCUCAGUCAUGAUUUUAAGUUAGCCAAUAGGAGUAGAUGAAAUUUAACAGCUUCCUAAAUUUUAUCAGUACGGAUUUCAGAAUUCACAUUCUUUGAAGAGUUUGGAUAGAACUUUUGAAUCAUCUAUAAAUAAAAUUUACCUAUUGCUUUCUCCAACUAGAUCAUAUAAUAAUAGAUGCUAUGAUGCAAUUAACAAUCAUGUUGCUCUAUUUAGUGAAAAGGCAGGAGUUUAUUAUAAAGACCCUCUUAAAUUUAAAAUAAAUGAGCUAGGAGGACUCUAAGGAAUAGUCCCAUUAUUUUAUGUUAUAAGAUUUUGCAAAAAAAGUGGUGAAACAAAUGCAGUUAAUGAGCUUUUAGAAUUAUUAAUUAUUUUAUUGCAUAAAAGACAUGACUUUCAAACUCAAGCUGCUAAAUUAGACAUACUUAAAAUUAUUUCUAAUUUACUAAGCGAACUAACUGAGCCUUAUAUUGAUUUAAUAACUAUCGCUCGCUUAAAGGAAUUAAAAUAAGUUAUACAAGAACCAUCAUUAUAAUAGUCUUUCUUUUUAGAUUUUUUAUGGAAUUUAGAUCUUCUUUUUGUUAUGGAAAGCAACGAAGUCAAAAUAUAAUAUAUAGCAUUCUUGAAAUCUGUUUACGAAUAAAACCCAGACCACUAUAAUAAGCUUUUUAGUGUAUCUUAAAUUAUUUCUCAAGCAAUCUUAAAAUGUGAUGUUAGAACUUCACAGUGCUGCUAAAACCAUUCCUUAAAUCUCUUAGGAGUAAAAUAAGUAGAUUAAGCAAAAUCCUCAAUUAUAGAAACAUAAAAUAGUCCUGCCCUCAACUCGCUUUCAAAUAAUAAUUAAGAAUAGUUCAAUUAAUUGUCUAAAAUAAUAUAGCCUCUUUUUGAAAUUAUAGAAAGCAUUUUUCUUAAAAGCUGUGAUGACUUAGGCCAAGAUCUCGUUUAGAUAUUAAAUGCUUUCAAUUUAAAAUGUUCCCCUUGUUUUCAUUUAAGCUUAUUCGGAAUAUUGAAAAAAAUUUUGAUAGAUAAGCCAUCUGACCAAUAGAAUAAUACCAAGAAAUAUUUAAAGAUUAUGAUAGAAAAUAAAGCAAUUUAUACAUUCCUAUAUUUGAUGCAAAACUCACCCUUCAUUGACAUCAAAGCUAUGUGUCUAAAAAUGAUAAAUUUACUCAAUUAGAAAACUACUAAGCAGUAACUGAUUAAUGAAUAUGAGUUAUGUAGUUAUAUUUCGAAUAUUCUUUGGAACUUAAAUUAAUGCAAAAGUAUUGAAGUAACUCCUUUAAUUAACCCUCAGGAGUCUCCAGAAAAAGCAAAAAUAGCUCCAUAAAUAGGGAAUUUUAAUUUAGAUAGUAACUAAUAAUUAAUUGAGUCAAAAUUUAUAGAAUAAGAGGAAUAAGUGGAUAAAAUUAAUUCCAAAUAAGAAAUGAUAAGCUAAGGUAUUAGCAAUAAUAAUGGGUAAUAAUAAUUAUUAUUUUAGAGUAAAGAAAAUAAAAAAAUAAGCUUUAAUUAAGACUAGUUUGAAAAUGGGAAUCACCUCAAUGAUAAUUAAAAUUUAUAAUAACCCUAGAUAGAUUAACCAUAGCCGUUUUUUAAAAAAGAAAAACCAUAAAGUAAACAUUAAAAAUAAUUCUAACUCAACAAAGGAGCUCUAAAUUUAAAUAUUGAAUAAGAUGACAAUAGUUAACCAAUUAAUAAUACUGCUUAAAUUGCAAUUAAUACUGAAAAUGGAAAUUAUUAAAAAGAAGAAACAAAUUAAUUAACUUAAGAACCUCUUAAAAUAAAUAAGCCUCCAUAAAAGAAAAAAAAAUUUUUAUAAUUAGAUGAUGACAUUCUAAUUAAUACUAAUGAUGAUUUUGUUAUAAGCUAACCACAAGCUUAGUAGUAAGAAAAAGAGAGUUAGAAUAAUAAAAAAACAUUAAUCGGAUUCAUGGAUAAGUUGAAUAAAGCUUAAGAAGAAAACUAAGAAAAAGAUCAUUAAUAGAUUUAAAAUGAUAAUAAUUCGCUAUCUCAAUUUAUUCCCCCAAACGGAUCAAAAAAGCCAAGCAUUUCAAAUGCAUUUAAUAGUUAGUAUUAAGAAAGUGAUGGGUUCACAUUUAAUAUUCCAAAUGAACCUUAUGAUCAAAUGAAAGUAGCUAUGAAUCCAGGAUUCAACUAGGCUCCAUCAAUGCUUAACAAAAGAGCUUAAGGUAGCAAAUUUAGUUUUCCAACUCUUGAUUCUAAUCCAACUGCAACUAGUAAUACAAAUAACAAUGGCUUAGAUUUAGGAAGUAAAAAUAAAAUAGGUGGUUCUAGCAAAUUCUAGUUUGACUCCAGCGGAAUUCCAAGUAGUAUUCCAAGUAUUCCUAGUGGUGGUAGUGGAACUUACAUGGAACCUAAAAUGUCAAGCAAAGCUGGUUAAGCACUAUAAUUCACGUUUCCUAACUAGAAACCUAAAGGUUCUUCAAGUUCAACAAAUGACUAAGUUGAAAAUUUUAGUUUGCCAUAACCAAGAAAAAGUCUUAAAAAUUAAAACUUAAAUUUAAAAUAAAUCGACGAUAAGAAUGAUGAAGAAGAGGAACUAUCUGAAAAAGCUGCAGAAUCUAAGUAAGACAGAUCUUCGAUACCUCUUGAUAUAUCUCUUGAAUAAAAUGUUGUGCUUCCAAAGCUCCCUCAUUAAACUCAUUAAAGAAUAAAAAAACCUAAUUUAAUGCUAAACGAUGUACCAACUAAUGAUGAAAAUAAAGCAGAUACUAUAAAUCCACCUUAAAAACAACCUUCUUAGCCAAACUAAUCAACAAAAAAAGGAAAACCAUCUUCUGGAUAACCAUCAUACAAAAAGAAAUUAUUUGGAAACUUAGAAAUUAAUAUAGAUACAGUUAACGAAGAGUAUACUACAGGUGGAGGAGAGACUGCUCUUAAAUAAUUAUAAAUAUAAAAUUAUGAUGAAGCUGAAGAAGAAAAAGCAAUAGCAGAAUUAGCUCGUUUAUGUGUUAAAUAUAUGAAUGGUGAGCUUAAAUAUAGUGAAGAAGAUUAUUAUAAUAGUAGAAUGCCAAAUAUUCCAUAAAAAUCUUUUAAUGCUCCAAUGAGUGUUAGAGGAAUUAAAAAUAUUGAUUUAUCAUAGACUGGUCAAACUUACCUAGAAAACACUGAAAAGCCACUUAACAUUAUUAUGGAAAAUACUGCUUAAGAAAAUGACAUGAGUUUUUCGAUGGAUUUCAACAAAGAAUAAAGUAUCGGACCAACUCCAAAAAAUUUAUAAAUAUUAAAUAAAAAAAACUCCUCUCUAAAGGAUAAUUUCUUAGCUACCGAUGACUUGAUAAAAGCCUAAUAUUUUAAGGAUGAGCUGAUGAAUGAAGAAAUUGUGAAACCUCAGGUUUAGGUAGAUAAUUUAAUUUAAAAGGACGAAUAAGAAGUUGUUGCUACUGCAAAUGUUAGCAAUCAAGAAAUAUUUAAUUAAACUGGGUAAAUUAACUAAAAUCAAGAAUUAGUAGAUAGAUAGAAAUUAUUCGAUAGCAUAGAUUUUGAACCUCUCUACAUAUCAAUUAUGGAAUGGGUUUUGCAAAGAUUGCCUGGAAAUUUAGAUAACACAAUUAUUAUAACAGAUAAAGACAAUAUCACUUCAAACCAUGCCUUAUAAAUUUUAAUGUCAUUUUACAAUCACUGCAAUAAUAAUCUACGUCCAGUCAUUAUUUAAGAUCUUCAGCUAGUUGUCAAAUGGAAUAUCUAGAAUAGCAAUACACUUCUCAAGUACACUGAGUUUUAUUAUUGGCUUCUUGACAUUCUUUUUGAUUAACAAGUAAAUAUGUUUUUAGAAAAAGAAGCCAACGGUAAUCAAAAAGAUGCAGUUUCUGCUGUUUUAUGGAGUUCAGGAAUGAAAAUUCAUGCAAUUUUAAUGAAAGCAGCCUUGAUGCAAGAUCCUGAAGGUUACAAAAAACUCUAAGGAAUAUUUGUUUGGUUAGAAACUAAAUUUGCUUAAGCUGUAAGCUAAGACUAGAAAUUUACAUUCAGUGUAGCAUCUAAAUAUCUUUUACGCAGUCUAUGGUAGUCCAUGCUAGAUUCAGUGAAUGAAGAUUUAAAAGGAAAUUUGAAUUAACAAAUAAAUAGUCCAGCAUUUUGGAAUAAUAUUAUUUAAAUUAUAUACAGUACCUAAGAAAUAGUACUCUCUGCUCAUAAUUAUGAAUUUAACCUUCCUAAAGUUAAUGAUCACUCCAAAAUUUACCUUUCAAUGAGAAAUUUUUGUACAAUUGUUGAUACUUAAAAUGACUUUAACAUCCCAAAAAACUUCAAAGAUUAAAUUACUAGUAAUAAUUGGAUUGAUAGAUAAAUAGUUAAUGGAAUUAUUAAAAUACUUGAUAAUAUAUGGAACGAGACUAAGUUUGAUAUCAACUUUUAGAAAUUUCAUAACAACAAAUAAAAUGUCGCAAAUAGCUAAGCUCUUGAAGAAUCUGAAUGGUUGACUAUAUAAAAAUAAGUAGCAAAUAUGCUCAGUUUUUCAAAGUAAGAGGAAUUUGUUAAAGAUUUUGAUAUCUUAAUGUCUAAUCCUAUACCAGAAAGAGGCUCAUUUAUGAAAAUAUGCAACUUGUUAAUAACACUUUAGAUAGAUGACAUCAUCCGCAGAAGACAAUCUAAAGAAAUUUUAAGGGAAGCUUUAGAAAGAUUUGAGAGAAUGAUAAAAUAUUAUAUUGUAGUUUGUGAAAAUACUAGAGAGAAAAAAGUUUUAGCAUAGAAAGAAGCAAUUCACGCUAAUAUCCUCUAUUGCUUAAAUUAUCUUUAUAUAUAAUACGAAACUGCAAUAGCCGGUGUAGCUAAUAACGAAGGAAACCCAAGUGAGAAAUCUGAACAUGAAAAAGUAAAAAAUUGUAUUGGGAAAUCUAUUAAAAACAUAUUUGUUUUUAUAUUGCUAUGCAUUGAACUUAUACAUUAAUAAUAUGGUAAUUUCGAUAACUAUCCAUAAAUGAAGGCAAAUAUGGCAAGUUUUAGCGUUUCUCCUAUGAUUCCAAACUUAAAUAUGAUAUUAUUUGAUUUAUUCCAUACUUAUCUUUUGAUGAUGAAUAGCAGUAAUAACUAGCAAAAUAGCGGAAACCCUGCUAACGAUUGUAUCCUGAAUAUGAAAACACUCAAAGAGCAUAAAAAUGAGUAUCAAUUUUUAAACAUCGGUGAACUUACUUUUUCUAAUGAAUGGGUUUUCUGCUUUACUGAUAAUCCUAAAAUAUGGGAAGUUAUUAACAAAUAUUACAAUGAUAUCUUCAAAAAUACACAAAGAACAAUUAGAGAAAUAAGCGAAGAGAGCUCAAAGGGAAGUAUUCGCUCUUUUAAAAUGAAUGAAAUGAAUAAAGAAGUUAUUGGGCGUACAUACAAUAAUUAAAUAUUUGAUAAUACUGCAAAAGUUUUGGAAAUAGAAGAGCAACAAAAAUACAGAGAUUUAUAAGUUAACGAAGAAAGUGUUCGUUGUGCUCGUAAUUUGUGGAAAAAAUGUUGGAAACGCCUCCGUAUCUAUGAUGGCUUGUGGAAGCCAAAACAUAUAAAUAAUUAAUAUGAUUAACCUUUUGAUGAACAGAGGUUCUCAUAUGAAAAUAGAUAAAAUAAUCCAUUUUUUUACUUAAAAAUUGAUAAGUAUGAAGCAAGAAAUCGCAUGAAACCUUAUUUGAAAUUAAAAUUAAUUGAUCCAAAAUAUGCAAAAGAAUAUCAAACUAAGCUAAAACAGCUUCGUGUUAAUCAAGGGUAAACUUCUAUUUUAUCUUCGAAUGUAAAGCUUACAAUAGUGUAAAAUUAAAUUAGCAAUGACAAUAUUAAUAAUAAUAUUGAUUCGGUCAAUGAAAUAUAUGGUAAAAACGCUUAAGACUCUUUUGCUAAUAUUAAUUCAGACCCUAAUAACACAACUAAUAUCUAACUAAGCUCAAAUAAUAUCACUAGUGCUAUAAAUAUAAAUAAUUAAAGCAGUUAAAAUACAGUAAACUCUAGUAAUAGUGGGAACAGCUACUUUUUUAAUUUAGGAAAAAAUAUAUCAAAAAAUAUUGCUAAAACAUUUAAAUCAAUUCUUCCUUUUGCCAAAGAAAGUUCUUCUACAAACUAAAAAGGAAUUAAUGAGAUCUAAAACAAAAAUUUACUCAUCAGCUAAGAAGUCUAAUUUACAAAAAAAUGUUAAUGGAUUAAGACUUUAACUGCUAGAAACGGUUAACUUAGCAUGACUGAUGAUAACCUAGUAUUUUAAUAUGAAUCAAUUGAGCAAAAAGAGUCUCAUAUAGCUAUGACUUCUCACAAAAUUCCUGACGACAGAAGGCUCAUAAAGGAGUGGCCUCUCAAGCAAAUAAAGGAAGUUCAUACUAGAAGAUAUAUACUCAAAAGAACUGCCAUAGAAAUAUUCUUUUUAGAUGGAUCUUGUGUUCUUCUAAACUUCCCUCACAGCACUUAAGAUUGUGAAGAAGUCAGUUAAAAAUUAGUAAGAAAUAGAAAGAAAAGAUGCCCAAAUAUUAUAUAUUAUAAUACCUUAGACCCUCGCAAACUCAUAGAAAAAACUAAUAUAACUCAAAAAUGGCUCAAUCGCUAAAUAUCCAAUUUUGAAUAUCUCAUGCAUUUGAAUGGACUUGGAAGUAGAAGUUAUAAGGAUCUCACAUAAUAUCCUGUUUUUCCAUGGAUAAUAACAGAUUAUAAAUCCAAAGAUAUUUUCACUACAAUUAGAGAUUUAACUAAGCCUAUGGGUGCUCUAGGUACAUAAGAAAGAAUAGAUUUUUAUUUAGAAAGGUUUUCGAAUAUUGAUCCUUUCCAAGAUAUUCCUCCUUUCCAUUAUGGCUCUCAUUACAGUUCUCCUGCAAUCAUCUUUUAAUUUAUGUUGAGAAUAUAGCCUUUUACUAAUGGCACGAAGAUUUUAUAAGGGAAUAAAUUUGAUAUACCAGAUAGACUAUUUUAUAGUCUUGAGGAUUCAUUCAGAUGUGCUACAGAAGAUAAUGCAGAUAUUCGUGAAUUAAUACCUGAGCUUUUUUAUCUUCCUGAAUUAUUCCUAAAUAUAAAUAAGGAGGAUUUCGGUAUCCGUCAGACAGGUGAAAGAGUUGAUAAUGUAGAAAUUCCUCAAUGGGCUGAUAGAAAUCCUUAUAAAUUUGUAGUUUUACAUAGAAAGGCUUUGGAAUCUGAAGUCGUUUCUUCUAGCAUCAGUAAUUGGAUUGACUUAAUUUUUGGAUAUAAGUAGAUUGGAAAGGAAGCUGAGAAGAAUUUGAAUGUAUUUUAUCACUUAACUUAUGAGUAAAAAGUUGAUUUGGAUUAGAUAAAAGAUGAAUCUACAAGAAUUUCUACUGAAACGCAAAUCAUUAAUUUUGGCUAAACUCCAUUUUAACUAUUUUUGGAUAAACCUCACCCUCAAAGAUUUUCAAAAGAUUAAAUAUUUGCAGGAAGGAUAAUUGCUGAUCCUCAAGCUGAAAUCAAAGUAUUCCGUCCAAGCAAUGGCAAAAAAAAGAAAUAAGCAACAAAAGAAUAUAAAUUAGUGAACUUCUUUAGUGAUAUGAUAGAUGAUUCCAUCAUUUCCUUAAAGUGGAUAAAUGAUACCAGAUUUAUCUGUUUAAGAAGAAAUGGGCAAAUUACUUAAUUUAGGUGGUACAACAAUCCAGUUCAUCAAGCUCAAUAAACUGCCAUACCCUUCUAAUGUGGUGAGGAUAAAAAGAAAGAAAUUACUCUUGACAAAGGAAAAAAAGUCGCUUUGAAUUAAAUUGAUUAAUCUGUUAACUACAAUGAAUAUCCUUGCUACUUUUUAAAAGAAUCAAAGAUUGUGAUUUUAGGAGGAUUAUGGGAUGGUAUAAUUAAGUUAGUUUAAAUAGACACUAAUUAAGAAGUAGAAUCAUAUUAAAUGCAUAACGAUACAGUCACAUACAUGACAUCAGAUAGCAAAGAAAACUUCCUCAUCUCAGGUACUAAGAGUGGUGAAGUCAUAGUUUGGAAAAUAAAUACUGAAAUGAAGCUCUCUGUUCGUUAUGUAAUAAAUGAUCAUAGAGAUAGAAUCACUUAAAUUAAAAUCUCCAAAGAUUUGCUAAUAUUUGCAACUGCUUCUGAAGAUUCCACGAUAAAUAUCUACAAUUUAAUAAGUGGAUAAUUUUAUCGCACAUUUUUCCAUCCAAACAACCUUUCCAUAGAUAAUGUUUUAAUAAGUUAUUAACCUCUACCUUGCAUAGUAUUCUACUCUAAUUAGGAUCGUACCCUUUACUCCUAUAGCAUCAAUGGACAAUUUUUGGCAAAGGCAAAUGAAGAAUUUUUAUAAAUCACAAGCUCAUUAAUAGUUAGAGACAAUAACUUUUCAGAAAUUAUAAUAUAUGGAAACGAAAGAGGUGAUGUUUUUUUUAGAGAGCUUCCUUUCUUAAAUUUAAGAAAAGUAUAUAAUGUAUCAAUUGGAAGUCCAGUAUUAAGUAUCGUUUGUUCUAAAGAUAAGAGGUACUUGCUAUGUGGUUGCAGUGAUGGGUAUAUAUCUGUUCUUACUGAUCCUUUGACUAACAAUAGGGUAAUAUAGCUAGGUAGAUCUAAUUCAAAUAAUAAUGAAUAGUAAAAAUGA